UUACGACAGGCGGUUAGCGCAUGAGCGAAAUUACGCCCGGCCAGUCAGUCCUUCUAACAUUAUCACCCGCAACACACGCAUCAUAACCGCGAAUAAGAUACACCCUCGUACAGGUUGUGAUGUGAAAUUUUAUUGUGUGUUUUGGGAAAGCUGUAAAAAUGAUACACGACAGUGAAAAUUCCGAAUUAGCGACCCGUAUUGCUGAAUUCAAGAGCGAUCCGGAGAAACUCCGCGAGGCCUCUGAGUUUGUAGAGCAACUGAUUCAGCAAGCAAAGAAAGAGGCAGAGUUAAAACAUAAAGAGAAAGAGAGAAACAAAUUCGAAUCGCAGGAGUUGGGCUCAAAUAAUGUAAAAAGGCGCCUUGGUCGAGCUAGAGGAUUUGUUAUACGAAUGUUUGACGCACUCUGCAAUUGUACGCAGACUGCAGCCACUGCCGCACGCACACACGCAAGGAACAACCCAUUUACAAAACGUUAGACGCACAAUCAAUUGUUAGAAAACCAAUUCUAAACUGUAGGUAUGACGAGAGCAAGUUUUGGCUGACACGUAAAUCAUAAAAUUAUAUAUAAUUGGCGGAUAAUCGCUAAAAGAAAAAUAAUCAUAAGACAAGAUAUAUAAAUGGUGGAAGGGUUACUGGAUAUGAUGAUAUCCGCCAAUACUAGAAAUAUGUAUGUUUUUUUACACUCAUACGCUUCUUGGAAUACUCCGCCAUGUAUUACUUACGAGGACAAAUUCUAGUGGAAUAUAAAACCAGCCGGAAAAUGUUACUUGAAACCCUAUUGUACCGGGAUUGCUUGCAAUAAUUACUUUGAUUAUUGUUGAAUACCUACUUUGCAAAUUUAAUAGGUAAACAAAACGUAGGCACAACGUGGAUGUUAAAGAAUGUAAUAAUUUAUGUAGUCAGUAGUCUUCCUACACCUAAUUUGUGUUAAUGUGAUACCCCUAUAUUAGAUAAGUAGAUAUAUUAUAUAUAGAUACGCUUAUAUAUAUAGGUAUCCAAUUUCAUAUCAAUGUUUAAUUGGUGGCCGUGUGGUGAUUAUAUGAAUAUAUCAAGAGAUUCUGACUUAUUAAACAACUAAUCAGAUCAUCUCCGCAUUACAUAUUUUCUAAUGUGACUUUAAGUGCACAUAUGCGAAAGUACAUAUGGAAAAUUAUUGUUAAUUUACAAUCUAAUAAUGUCUAGACCAAAAAGCCUGGUUCAAGCAUACAGAUAGGGCUUAGACUUUGAUACAAUUUUUAACGUGGCAAACGAUCAUUAAUUCAGAGACAAUUUUAAUAUGAACUACCUGUCAAAGUCAUGGCAGAAUGACAGUUCGCGCCAAUGUAUGUAAUUUGCCAGUGAUGUUUACGCUUGUGUAUAAUUUAAAUAUGUACUUAUUAUAUGUACGUAGUUGUCAACUCCAAUUAAUAUAACACUUGUAAUGAUAUAAUGAAACUUUGUCUACAAUCUCAUAUAAAGAUACAAACCUAUUCUUAUAUCUGAAUAAUAUCUUCUUUUAUACAAUGACUACAAUAUUAAGAACUUACCUAUACAUUUCGAUAGUUUUAUUCAGGGUUAAGACAUUUUAUACCUACUAUGGAUAUAUUGAUGUAUAGAUUUAAGACUAAUUUGAGCACAAUUGUAAAAUAGUUUUAUUGGUGUAUGAAGUAUGGAAUUUUGAAAAUAGAUUACUUUUAUGACAAAAAUUACCUUUUGAGGUAAUACGCUUUUGAACAUCUAUAUAUUUGUAAACCAUAGUUGCAACACGAGUCUUCUAUUUUAUUUUAAUAGACUCAUAAAUGUUUAAAAAACCAAUUGUAGAGAAACGUACUAAUUAAAUAUACCUUUGAUGUGUAGAUAAAAAUCCGAUUAAAUUAAAACUGCCUGAGUUGAUUCUUGUAAGUGUUCACUUACAAUGAAAUACUGAGUAUUUAAAUGUAACUUAUGGAGUUAACGUAAAAAGACAGUUAAAAAAACGAGUGUGACCACACGACUGAAGUGAAACUUCUUUCGCUCCAUCUUGUAUAUAUAUAUAUAUAUAUAUAUGUGUGUAUGUACAAUAUAUAUAACAUAUAUGUACACACACAUAUAUUAAUUGUCUACAAAUAUUUAUUUCAUGUUUUCAUUGGUAAAUUAAUAUUUUUGCAUAAAUCGUUUAUUUUUAUAUAUGUGGUUGAUUGUAAAAUUAUUAAUUAUUGUGCUUAAAUAUACGGAACUUAUUUGGCUAUGAGGGGAAGAGAGAAAGAACAUGUGCGCGUGUACUGCUGUCUCUUGCUUAUAACCCCCACUCAACUUCCGUUCGCCUUGUCCGAUAACAUUUUUCGUAACGCUUACGUCACGCGUUCGCCAGCUUAUUCCCCAAGUCAAGCGUGCGUAGAAGUUUCACUUCAAAAAUUUAUAAAUUGUGCACACAAUAUUAUUCGAGUCAUAAUAUCUACCUCAACUUAAAAUUUUGCUUUCCUAUCCCAUUUCAUUGAUAUCCAGAAAUGUAAUAUAAUAUGUAUGCGAUAAUGGCCUUGACGAUAAAUUGUCGAAGGAUAUAAAAUACAUGUUACACUAAAUCACUGUAAAAGGUUUGGAAAUUUCAUAUCGACUAUAAAAGUAACGAUUUUUGGCUCACGCAAGAAACGUUUUCAUUGUUUGUGAACAGCAAUUAGACUUCCUUAGAUAUGUUCUUGAUAUAAAUGUUAGGAUUACGUUUACAAAGACUCAAAGAUUGGUGUAUUAAAAUGAAUGUUAAAUGUGAUAUCCUGCCUCUAACUUCCCAUGUGAUCUGACUUGCGAAUUCUUCUAUCUAAUAAAUAAUUUUGUGAAUACUGU